AUGUUUAACUCAGUGAACCUGGGCAACUUCUGCUCGCAGUCGCGCAAAGAGCGGAGCACCGAGUUUGGCGAGCGAGCCGGCUGCGCCUCCAACCUCUACCUCCCCAGCUGCACCUAUUACGUCCCCGAAUUCUCCACCGUGUCCUCGUUCCUGCCCCAGGCCCCCUCGCGCCAGAUCUCGUACCCCUACUCCGCCAACCUGUCCCAGCCGGUGCGCGAGGUUUCCUACGGGCUGGACCCGGCCAAUAAAUGGCACCCUAGGAGCAAUUACGCGUCGUGCUACGCGGCCGAGGAGCUGAUGCACCGCGAGUGCCUCCCGCCCGCCACCAUGACCGAGAUGCUCAUGAAAAACGAGGGCGCCUACAGCCACCACCACCACCACCCGGCCGCCGGACACCCGGCGUCGGCGGGCUUCUACCCGGGCAUGAGCAAGAACAGCGUCCUGCCGCAGGGCUUCGACCGCUUCUUCGAGAACGCCUACUGCGCCGCCGAGACCCCGCCGGAGACCUGCCUGCAGAAAGGCGAGGGCAAGCUGGAGGGCGAGGCGGCCCAGCCCGCCGCCCUGCCGUCCCGCGGAGACCCGGGCGGAGACCCGGAAGACGAAGAGGAGAACACCAACCCGGGCUCCUCGGCCUCUUCCUCCUCUGCCAACAAGGAGAGCGGCAAAAGCGGCGGCGGCGGCGGCGCGAGUGCCCCCCGCACGAGAAAGAAGCGCUGCCCCUAUUCGAAAUUCCAAAUCCGAGAGCUCGAGAGAGAAUUUUUCUUCAACGUCUACAUAAACAAGGAGAAAAGGCUGCAGCUCUCUAGGAUGCUGAACCUCACCGACCGACAGGUUAAAAUUUGGUUUCAGAACAGACGGAUGAAAGAAAAAAAACUAAGCAGAGACCGCCUGCAGUAUUUCUCUGGGAAUCCCUUAUUGUGAACCUCUUUUGUAAA